GGCCGAACUGGAGUACAUUUUAAAAGAUUUCGGGGAGGAAAUCAUUCAGAUUUUGAAAGGAGCAUUUCUUCUCAGAAAAUGAAGGAUUCAUUGAGUACAGAUUCAAGAAUAUGAGGCAGAAUGGCAAACAGGGUAAGAAGAGGAAGCAUGCCAAAUCAGAUGAUCACAAACAAGAAGAUGUGAUAGUGGAUGAGGAAUUACUUCAAGAUGAAGAAUUACAAGAAAAGGUUAACUGGAUGAAGCACACAGUUCCCACUGCAGCAAAUAAGGGGAAAAUUAUCCAAUUUUUCAAAGACACUGCUGCUUAUCGUCAAAUGAUGCUGAAGAAGAGGACAGACCUGACCAUUUCAGACUUCAUCACCACCUUUCCAAGGAUACAAGAGAUGCCAGAACUUAUCAACAUGGACUUUGAAACAGAACAUGGGCACCUUUCUGACAAUUUUAUUUCAAAGUGGGAGUCGUUCUACCGAGACCGUAUCAUAAAAUUAGGUUUGAGCGGGUAUCCAGCGGUAAAGAAUCAAUUCAACAGUUUGAGGAAGGUGACAACAGAGACCUGUGUGCUUUAACUGCACUGUUGCUGAUGUUACAUAAGCCACUGACAAAGACCAAGAACCCCACCUCGAGUUCAAGAGCAUCGAGUUUGGAGCACUUCAUCCAGUACAGACCUAUUGGGACAGAUGUUCAAGCGGCA